UUUCCGGAUCCGUUUCCAUGUACGUGCUGGACGACCAAGAGGUCGAAGAGGCCGAGAAGGAGCGGCUCCGCAAGAAGCUCCACGCCAAGAAGCAGCUCAGCCCCGAAGAGGAGGAAAUUCGCCAGCAGCAAGCGCUUGUCACAGCCAAAAACAAGUACUGGGCGCCGAUCCUACUAUUGUAUCCGCUCGGCCCUGUCUGCGUCGCCCUCACGACCGUUGUCUUUGGCGGCGUCAUCACCAACGCGGCGUCGACGACCUGCAAUGCCCACCUCGACACCUUUCUGCAAGGCGCGGUCGGGCUCAGCUACGUUCUAAUUCUCUUUUACGCCUACUGCUGGAUUGGCCCGCGCCCGAUUCGGCGGCUACGGGUGCUCAAGGUCUUUUACAGCAUCUACGGCGUCGUCUCUGUGGGCUGGUGGGGCUUUUUCGGGACGCUUCAGGCCGUGACCGCGACCGCGACCGGCUUUCAAUCGUGCUUGAGUCAGUCACCGAUGUUGUACCUCUUUUCGCAGUACCAAGUCGCAGUCUUUUGGAUCCUCUUUGGUUUCUUCCUCUGCUUUGCCGGCAAAGAAAUGCACGCGUACUACAAGGCGACCGACGACGGGCGCAAGGCGGCCGCUGCGGCCAAAGAAGCAAAAGAAGCAGCGGCGAUGGAAAAAGCGGCGCGGACUCAAGCCGAGAAGGACGCGGCCGAAGCCCGCGAGAAGGAAGCCCAAGCCGCCAUACAGCAAACCAAGGAGGAACGAGAUCGGCUGUACGCUGGCGCCGACGACGAAGCCGACGACGAUAUCGCGACGGCCGAUGGCCAAGACCACGGUGGGGACGGUCAUGACGAAGAGGAAGAGGAAGAAGAAGAGGAAGAAGAAGAGGACGGCGAAGAAGACGACGAGGCAGCGGGCGAUGACGACGACCGAGCCAACAAUGCCUCACAGGAGGAUGCCGACCGGCCCGAGACGGCACCUGCUGAAGACAAGGCUCUCGUAUGAGAUAGUAAACUGCAUACAUAUUGUCUUGCGUGUACAUUUGCUAAUAGAACGAUGCGUGCGAGGG